CCUAAACCGACUCACGACCUUACCCAUAUCAGUAAGAUGGAAGACCAUAUCACCGGGAAGGUCUAGGUAUCUCGGGAGCAACAAGACAGGAGCAAGUUGUCCACUACGCCCGAGCAUCUGUCCAGAGUCUUGUAUAUUCCCUGCCAUUCCGACACGACCUCACAUUUGGCAUUAUACCAUAUCAACUCCCGGUGAGUCGAGGCCACUGGUGAUGGUCCCCCCUGUCGCAUAUACCGUCAAGUUUAUCACAAGGGACAAUGACAAUAUCGUCGGGAAGUUAGAGUAUCAUGUUCAACCGGAUCCGACAGUGACGGAUAGUGCCCAGGUGGACAUGACAAUUCGUAAAACUGAUGAAGAGGCCUGCUCGUUCAAAUUAAGCAGCAACAGCGCCAGUGCAGCAGCCAACUGACCCAGUGGCUAUCAGCACUUCCUUACCCAUUCCGCCGUCAGAGACCCAAGGCGGGAUAAUCAUGCUUCCCUGCUUUCAUUUCAAAAUGGCUUUCGGGUCGACGAUGACUCGGUUCGACUGACAAGUCGAUCCAGUUGAGAAUGAACCGCUGCGAUAUGCCCUAUUUCGCAGGCCUGUGGAGGAAGACGAAACAAAAAGCUUUGAAGAUGAUCAAGAAAACCUAUUUGGGUCACCCUGAGAGGGAGUUAAUGAGGCGAUGGUACUAUGAGAUCC